AUGUCCUAUAACACCUCUACUUCUUCAAAUAUCAUGCUUGCUCAGAACGGUGCUGAUAAUACUGAGGCCGUAAACCAUUACCCUCUGAGCGGAGUAGAUGGUACUUCAGCAGAUAUCCGACAACCAUUAAUCCCCGAUAUGUUUGAAUAUUGGGGGAUUACUCCAAGAAAUCACAUUUCAAACGUUGUAGAUAAACGUUUGCAGGACGGGAACGCAGUGUCCCCAAGACUGGGGGUUACACAUGGUCCACUCAACCAUGAAUCAGCCGCACAAGGGACUGCACAUCCCGUCUCAGAUCUAUCGUUGGAUUGGACGAAGCUCGGGGACAUCGACUUUUCAUUGAUGAAUGAGUACUUGAACGAUCCCGCAGCGAUGACAUGGACUACUCCUCUUUAUCACCCGCCCAUUUUCACGCAGAUGGGAAACACUGAGGGUGAGCUCUCCGAAACUUUGGAGAGCUCUUCCUUAGCCCGUCAGGAGUCUUCUAACGACUCCAACAUCGGGCGCACGAUGAGUCACGCCCCGAUCAAUAAUUUUGAGAGGAUAUACGCGCCCGACAUGGGUGCAAUUUCUGCACCAAUAUUCCCCUCCCAGCGGAAUAUGUCUGUUGGCCCAUCAAGGCAGCAAACAAGCCGGUAUCAUCACAGGUACUCCCCACACACGGUCUGCAAUAUAACUAUGCCAAAUCCUCUAUCUGGAGAGAUAGAAAAUCAAAAUCCUAGGUUCAAGAAGAAUGGACACGACGAGCUCAAUGGCUCCGGGUUCACGCCCGUUGAGCCAACAUCCACAAGGAAUGCUGGAUCAUCAGGCAAUUCUCGAAGAUCUGAGCAUCAAAGCAAGCCAGAAAGUGGAAGCUUGAUACGGAAAAGAGCGCCCCGAUCAUCCAGCGGGGGCGCUAGUCAAGGAGGGAAACGGGCGGAACGCAUAGUGCGUAUAGACAAGUAUGGAAAUGUGGUGUAUAAAGGAAUGAGGCCCGACGUACGCACACCGAGGGAAAUAGAGCAGUAA